AAUUUCUAGAAUUAGGAAAAUAUAAAUUUAUCGAUAAUAAUUUUAACUUCGUUGAAAAAUUCAUAUUUCUUCGGAUAGAGGGCACUGAUACACUAUGGAAGAAAUUCAUCAAAUGUUACUGAACUUACAGCAAGACAUCAAACAACAAAAACAAGAUAUGUUGGACAUGAAAGAGGAUUUAAAAAACAUAAUAAUUAACAACAUUCACGAGAAAUUUGCAAACCUUGAAUUGAAAAACGAACAAUUAGAAAAAACUAUUGAAGAACAAAAAGUCAAAUUAAAUAACUUAGAAAGGCAUUCACGACGAAAGAACCUUGUCAUGUUCGGAGUAGAAGAGAGUGAGAAUACUUAUUUUGAAUUAGAGAAUAUUAUAGUAAAUAUAAUAAACAAUUUCUUUGAAUUUCAAUGUGACAAAAAUAACAUUGAACUUGUCAGAAGGUUGGGAAAGAAAGGUGAUAACAUAAGACCAGUUGUUAUAACGUUUAACAGCAUGAGUUACAAGAUAAAUAUUCUGAAAAAAAAAUCCUGUCUAGAAAAUACUCAGUAUUACAUUAAGGAGGACUAUCCCAUUGAAGUCCUUAACAGGCGGAAGGAACUCCAAGUCCAGUUACAGAAAGAAAAAGAGAAAGGCUAUACUGCCUUCAUAAGAUACGACAAACUUAUAGUAUUAAAAGGCACAUUUGAAAAAGAGAACCCCACCAAGAAGGUACUAGAAACUAGAAAACAACUACAGCCAAAAGCAGAGGAAGAAUGGAAAAAGGGAAACAAAUCUUUUUUGAGAGGAGACCAAUUGGUGAUUAAAAAACUGCAGGAUAACCAGCGCGAAAAAAGGAAGAGAGAUAAAACUGUAUCUCCCAACUUGUCUACACAGAAAAAACAGAACACAUCUAACAAGUUUGAAAACACAUCGACUAAAACUAACAAUGUAGGACAAAAAGAAAUAUUACAACCAAACAUACUACAAUAUAUAGGAAGAGAUAGAUCGUUUUCGACCUCCGACAUUUCAAAAACUAACAAACACACGCAAGCAACCUAUCAAAACAAAAACAACAACAACUAAAACCGGAAAAGCAAAACAAAUAUGGAAGAAACACAUUCUAAAACAACCUAAUCAAGAAGCCUUCCCACCACGGUUGGUCGCCGCGGGAAGAUCAGACCACCACCCUCUAACAAAAAAACAUAAUAUAUAAUGAUAGCAUCGCUCAAUACUAGGACUUUAAAAGUUAGAGGAGGCCUUUGCCAAGAGGCACACCAAACUCUGAGAUAUACUGGAGUGAAAAUAUAUUAAAGUUCAGAUAUAUAAAACGACAGAGUUUCGGAAUUUAAAGGCUAUAUUAUUAUUAUUAUUAUUAUUAGUAUUAU